AUGGCCAAACCAGAGCAAACACUUUAUGAAGCUAUUAUUCGAUAUGACAUUGAUUCUGUAAGAAAUCAACUGGCAAACAAUGUCAAUUCAAAUGUCUUCCCAAAUAAUCCGACAAUUACACCACUCAUUUUAGCUGUGAGGCUAAAGUACCUUGACAUCGCAAAUGAACUAUUGAUGAAUGGAGCCGAUGUGAAUGGGGUUGAUGAAUUUGGACGGACUGCGUUGCAUGUUGCAGUGGACAAUAAUGAUGAGGCUUCCGUCUCUAUUCUACUUUUACAUAAUUGCAAUUUAGAAAUAUAUGACUACACUGGCUUAUCACCUCUUGUGGUGGCUGUGGAGAACAAUAACAUCUACAUGGUUCGCUAUUUAGUUGCACAUGGAGCAGUGGUUUAUAAGGAAGAGGAAGGAUUUGAGCACCCCCCU